AUGUUCUACAAACCUACCACCACUGCCCCCAGCAGCACCCCUGGCUCCAGCACCCCUGGGCCGGGCACUCCGGUCCCUACAGGAAGCGUCCCGUCGCCGUCAGGCUCAGGGCCAGGAGCCGCUGCCUCUUUCAGACCGCUGUUUAACAACUUUGGACAGCCUACCAUCGGCUGUGUGCAGGCCAUGAAACCACCUGGUGCCCAGGGCUCCCAGAGCACCUACGCGGAACUGCUGUUGGUCACAGGGGAGAUGGGCAAAGGGAUCCGGCCCACCUAUGCUAGCAGCAAGAGCGCCACGGAGCGCCUGAAGAGAGGUAUCAUCCAUCCCUAGUCAGAAUGCCUGGCAGAGACAGAGCGGAACGCCGGCACUUAACAGGAAACUCCUAGGCCUCUGUGCCUGGACUCCAGAGCACCUGCUUCUCCCUGGCCUUCAUCCCUAGUUGCACUAACCAUCCUGGGCUUCCUGUCCUG